UAUAUGCUGUAUAUACGUUAAACGUGUCAGGUGAUGGUAUACGUUAAACAUGUCAGGUGAUAGUAUAUGCUGUAUAUACGUUAAACAUGUCAGGUGAUGGUAUAUGUUGAACAUGUCAUGUGAUAGUAUAUACUGUUUUCAAGUUUAAAAACAAUUAAAAAUAGGAUUAGGUCCAUAGAGGGUUAAAUAAAUAGAACCUAUGAAAACGUGUUGAGUUAUGUUUCACGUCUGUCUGUCUCGAGAUAAACUUGAACUCUUCUUCACAGUUUGAGAGUCUGGAUUUAUCUGAACCUGCUGAUCGACUACAGACUGAACAGGGCCAGGACUAACCAAGAGUAGCUACUCCUAAGAGGAUCUGGUCUCAGUGGAUCAAGUCUGGAUUAAGGAUUCUGACCGUGUGGAUCAGGACUAAAGUGGUGGACUGAGACUCUAAAAUGAAGCACUUGAUCAACACUAAAGCUUUGACUGUGGUCGUGCUGUCGGCUCUGAUGCUGGGAGUCCUGUUCUGCUACAUCUCCCUGUCCUACAGAGGCGUUGAGCUCUUCAAGCAGAACAUCAAUCAACAGAACGGAUUGGCUGCUGAUGAUGUCAUCCCUGUGAGUCAUGAGUUCCACCUGGUGGCUCCUGAUCAUCUGCAGUACGAACAGCCGAGCAUCCUACGAGGUCGUACCGACGUGGUGACGGUGACGCCCUGGCUGGCUCCUGUCGUCUGGGAGGGAACCUUUAACCCGGUUCUACUCGACAGCAUCUACAAAUCAAAGAACAUCACCGUCUCAGCCACCGUGUUCGCUGUUGGGAAGUACAUCAUGUUCCUGAAAGACUUCCUGGAGACAGCAGAGCAGCACUUCUUCGUUGGUUUCAAAGUGCACAUUUACGUAUUCACCGACCGGCCGAAUGAGGCUCCCCAAGUCAGGAUGGCUGCCGGCCGUCAGCUGACGGUGCGUUCGGUGCCCAGCUCGAAGCGUUGGCAGGAGAUCUCCGCUCGGAGGAUGGAGCUCAUCCAGACGCUGAUAGAGGAGCAACUUCCGAACCGCAGCGACGACUACGUCUUCUGUCUGGACGUGGACUCCAAGUUCCACGGCCGCUGGGGGGUGGAGUCACUGGGCGGACUGGUGGCUGUGAUUCAUCCAGGACCCUCGCAUCGGAACAAGAAGAACCCCCCCCCCCCCCAAAAAAAAAAACCUUUAAAGGGGAGAAAAGAGGAAGAAACCUUAGGAAGAGCGACAUAGGAGGGAUCCCUCUAUCAGGAUGGACAGAGGUGUGAUAAAUGUCUUGUGUACAUUGUUCAUUCUGUAAAUUCAUAUAAACCUGACAUUCAUAUAAACCUUACAUUCAUAUGAACCCGAGCCGGCCCCAACUAUGAACCCGAGCCGGCC